AUGCCCCGAUCAAAAAAACCUUUGCCUAGAGCAACGCUCAACGCAUCAGCUCCUUCUGAAGAUCGAAGUUCUAUGUUGCCAAUCAUGGAAGGAGAGAAAACCAAAGAUGAUGAUACUGCGAUCGAUAUCAAGAAAUAUGAUCAUUUGAUAGACAUGGAAUUGGAGCGUUGUCGUCUAAGUCAUGAGCUAUGUAAAGAAUGGACAUCAUUAGGUGUCUCUCAAACAAGUCGUGAUGCAUUUUUUAUGUAUGUGGAUCGAACCGAAGCACCGGAUUAUACCGUCCUGCGCCGAGAGUUAAAGAACUUUAUUGAAUUUGCACUUGAAGACCAGGAGAACGAUCUUCAAAGAGGUUCCAUUGUAUCGAGAAAGACACAGAAAGAGAUUGCUGGAAACAGAAAACCUGCUGUGAUUAAAGUAGGCAGUUCAUCGCGAAGCUCCAACAAACUUCCAAUCAGUAAGAAUGUCGAGACUCGGGCUAAUCGCAGUAUUGACAACCUUGAUUUGGAUGAAGAAAUUGUGUCAAAAUCGAAUUCUCAGGCUGCAGGUAACAGUUCCAAUGGAAGAGCUACACGUAGCCGGCGCAAUCGGAAUGAGGAUAAUGAGAAUAUUGUGAUCGAACACGACAACACCUCAACAACUGUGUCCACCUCUAAAUCCAACUCGAAGCCAACAAUCAAAUCUGUUGUUACGGAUCAAGAAACAAAGCGAUGCCGCGAAAAGCUCCGAAGCAUUUUAAUGGCAGACGAAAAGGGAUCCGGGAAAGAGGAAUAUAAAUAUAUUCCUUCUUUAGUCCAAUUCGAGUUACAAACUUACCUCGAUGACUUGAUGGGAUUUGGCUGCAAGUUUUGGGACUUGAUCGGCGUCUCGCAAAAAGAUUUUGACGAUUUCAUGCUUUCCGCCUUUUGUAUGUCCAGAGAGGAGGGAAGUCAGAACAAAGUUUGUCGAAGAAGUUGGGAUUUGCUGCGGGAAUUGGAAAAGGAAAGAAGAGAUGAGGCUAGCUCAAAUGGAAAAGCUAAGCCUACUAGUUCAUCAGGAACUAAAAGGGCCCAAGGUGGAGAAGUCGAGGGCUUACCAAAAAAAAAGAAAAGAAAUAUUCAGAAUGAGGAUCUAAUGGAUGUUAUUGCAAACAUUGAGCUGGAAGAUGAUGAAGAUGAGGAGUAUGGUGCGAUUGAAGUAUACGAUACUUGCGACUCACUCCGAGAAAAAAUCCGAGAGUAUUUGGACGAAACAGGUGUCAGUCAAACCGCAUUAUGCCGCGCACUAUCAAAAUCACUGGACGACCAAAAAGUAACGCCCGCACAGCUCAAAUCUUUCAUGUCAAAAAAAGGACCAAAAGCUGGAAACACAUCUCUGGCAUUUUAUGCAGGCUAUUGCUUCAUGGAAAAGGUUAGACUUUUCGAAAAGAAAGAAAAGAGUGAGUUUCGGUUGGAAAUGGAGGAUAUCUGGGAUGGAACUCAACCAAUCACUUACGGACGUACUGGAUUUGAUAUUUGGACACCAGAAAAUCAAUUCGUUAUUGGGUCUGCGACUGCAACAUUGGAGAUGGAUGAAUAUGGUGUCUUGCAUUAUUUUGAGUGA